CCUUGAGCAAUGUCUGCCUUCGUCUCUUUCACUUCAUGAACUGGCGCAGAGAGGGAUGUGCUGUCUCCGUGUUUUGUCGGCUGUGCGGUCGCGGGUUUGGGCUUCGCCGUUUGUCUUGCGUCCUCCGGUUUCCGUCUUGGUGUUGUUGCCGAGAGGGACAUGUGCCUGUGGGCUGGCGUGGCGAUUUGUGACGGUCGGGAGGAGCGGGACACGGCGGACUGCAAGGCACCGAGGCACUCAAACCGAUGCCAAUACUGAGCGUACGACCACUGCACACACAGACACACACAUGGAGAAGAACACAGAUGGAGGCUGUCGCUGGGUUACUUCGCAUUGUUUCGAGCAGAAGCGAGGCCUCGCGCAGCUGUGGCAUGGCCGCAGUGUGGAUGAGGGCGGCAGGUCCGCUUCAUGGGCAAGACACAUCGGGUUGGCACACGCGUCCUCCGGGCAUGGCAGAUAAGGCACGGCACCUGCCACACACACACACACAGACACACACAGUCCAUGCAUCCAUCCAUUCAUCCGUCCAUCCAUCAAUGCCACCCCCGACUUUCCUCACUCACCGACCGAAUUGCUGCAGUGUCAUGAGCAGCUGGGUGGCGGUCUCCUUCUCCUGUGUAUGUCCGUAUGGCCGUGCGUCCCCGCCAGCGAACCAGUCCUCACCCAGCCACCGACGCGCACUCACCUCUGAUUUCAAACCCUGAAGGAGAGGAGAGGAGUGGACGGAGCCGAGACACAACGCAUAACACAACACAUUCAAUGGAUGUGUGGAUGCGAGCAGGCAGGGAGGGAGGGAGGGAGGGGAAGAAAUGGCUGUGUGUCAUCACCUGUGUGUACAGGUCAACGGCUGUUCUGGUGGUGGACUCAUCUCGAAAACACAAAGCCCGCAAAUCUGUCACAUCUGAGCAGCGAGACACACACACACACACACACCCCGACCGAUGCAAUCAGUAUUCUGUGUCCUUGCGUGGAGGGUGUUGGUCGUUUGGCUGUUUGUUUGGGGGGCUCAACAUCUGUCACAAGGGCCAGGUUGACUUCACAGAGCAGGUAGUAGCAAGACGACAGAAAUUUAGACCCACUAGACUCCUGCAUGCAGCCAGACACACACAGGAGAGGAACCCGUGUCUCCCACCCCAUAUAUAUCUCCCUGUCGAUUACAUUACCUCCUGCAGACGGAACUCAUCGAGGCUUCUCUUGGCCUGGCACAUGAAGGCAUACGCCUUCUGCGGACUCUCAGCGCCGCUCCGCACACAACGGUUGUACAGCGCGACACCGAGAAAGAACCUGGCCUCGGACCGCUUGAUCCGCAUCGCCUCCUCCUGCUCCCGCUGCGCCCUUUGCCUGUCCGUCCCCAUGCACAGAUAUCCCAAACGACGCGCUCUCUUCUUGGUCAUCGGAGCGAAAGGCUUGGUGUCUCCCCGAUGGCUGUCUGACGGUGGCACAUACUCGGCUGCCUGCCUGAAUGCGUCCGCGGCCUCCCGGUCUCGCCCCAUGUGUAGCAGCAGGCGGCCGGUCAUGACGCCCAGAAGAGGCACCAGGUCACGCCGCAGAUGCAUGCACAGCCGCAGGUGGGAGACGGCUCUCGCCUCCAUCUCCGACACACGCAAGACCAUGCCGCCCUCAUCUCCUUCUUCGUCAACAUCAACAGUCUCCUGGGCGAUCCCUAUCGCCCCCUCCGCCUCCACUUGUGCGCCGUCCAUGCAGGCGGCGUAGUACAGCACAGAGGCCAUAAAGAUAGCCGUGAAGGUGACGUUGUACUGGUCAAGAUAGUCCUCGAGCACGCCCCACAGCUGCUCCCGAACCGGCGCACUCAGCCACAGCACGUCCACAUCCACCAAAGCAGCCUCCACAUAGAUGUCAAUGGCGUCGAGGCGCUCCUCAAGGUCGCGCCGCAUUGAAAGGAAGAGCGCCAGUUUGGCCAGCGCCUUUGCCCUGGCGUGCCGUUUGGCAGCGGGGGAGUGCUGCCAAGACGGGCCCUGUUGGCUGUAAGGGUCGCUGUCCGCCAACAUGAGGGUGGACUGGCCGGUCGCGAAGGAGAACAGGGAGCAGCUGUGACCCUCCACACCUGCACGAGAAAGGGAGAAGGGUGGAUGCUGGCACGUGUGACUCGCAUGGCGUCCAUCCAGUGUUUUCUGGCUUACCUGGCAAAGUGUCGGCACGAGGGGCUUUCCCUCCACCGACUUCGUUGCUACGCUGACUCGGCAUUGGUUUUGUCCACGAAGGAAGGCUCCGAGUCGGCAGUGAAUCA